ACUAUAAAUAAUGCAUACUUAUUGGAUUCAUUCUGCCAACAAUCUCGCUAAAUCAAUUAUUGAUUAAUUUCUAUGAUCUGGAUCUUGAUCUCUGACCACCAUUGGUUCACAUGUGAAAAUAAAACCACAUAAAUUCAUCUUCAACAUAUUUUCUCUAAUAAUAUGUUCCUCAUUUGAAACCCUAACAAAAUUUAAUAGAAUUCUGGUGACGGAGCAUCAAUGGAAACCAAGGGGAAUGACAAUCUCAAAUCCUCAUCCUUCCGCCUCCGAUCGCCCUCGCUGAAUUCUGUACGCCUACGACGGAUUUUUGACCUAUUUGAUACGAAUCAUGACGAGCUCAUAACGGUCGAUGAACUUAGCCGCGCGUUGAUUCUUCUCGGUCUGGAUACGAACAUGAAUGAAUUGGAUUCGGUUAUUAAAACGUUUAUUCAACCUGGAAACACCGGUCUCACGUUUGAUGAUUUUCAGGCUUUGCAUAAGGAAAUCGACGACUUAUUCUUCCGACUGGAUGAUAACGACGAUUUGAGUAAACCCGAUGAAGAUGAACAAGACGGUGAUGGCGAUAAGCACGAGGAGGCGGAUAUGACGGAGGCGUUCAAAGUAUUUGAUGAAGACGGAGAUGGAUACAUAUCGGCGAAAGAGUUACAAACCGUGUUGGUGAAGUUAGGGUUUGCGGAAGGUAAUGAGAUUGGAAGAGUGGAGAUGAUGAUCUCAUCCGUUGAUCGGAAUCAUGACGGACUUGUUGAUUUUACCGAGUUUAAGGAUAUGAUGCGUAAUGUGAUUGUUCUCAGGUGAAUUGCGGUUAACGCCGUCGUCAACGUGGCCGUAUUCCAUUAGUUUUUUGUGUGAUAACGGUUUUUUUUUCUGGCGACUGUAACAGAUUCCGACAACCGGGACAUUGUAUUUGGAGGUGAUUUUCUGUAUUUUGUUUAAUCUCCGAUAUUGUAUACU